AUAGGGGAGGGUCGCUGGACUUGUGCAAAUAGAUGAUUGUUCCCCUAACACUUCAAAGCUGCUGGAGAUUGCUCUGAAGCUUAAAGUGAUGGGUGCCGUCCCCGGGGCAACAGUUAUCCUUGGUCCAGUCGGAGUAUGAAAGAUCUCUUGUUUUUAAAAUGUAAUUUAGUCCCACGGACUGCCAUGUUUUUGUAUUUGUUGUUCCUCUGACCCUUGACUCUGAGCAGGUUGCUGCUUGGAGGAAAGAGGUCCUGUUUUGGAGAGGAAGGUCCUUUUGCUUUUUGUCUUUCUGGCUUGCAGAUCCACACACUGGCUUAGACAAUCUGGUACUUUGUCUGUCUGUGAAGCCAGGGCUAGGCAGUACUUGUGGGGAUCCCUAAAUGGAGAUUCUGAGCGAAAAACAUUGAUGGCCAGACAGCUGGACAAAGGCAAAAAUAAAAUAAUGGCUGGUAAUGAUGAGCUCUUAAAGAAUUUGCAGAGUAAUUUGCAAGAACUAGACAAUCUCCGGUCAGCGUAUUUUGCAUCCACAAAACGUCCCUUGACAACCACAAGAACAAGUACCAAAACUCUGCUUCGUGACCAACACCAACUGUCAAGAGAGAAUAUGAACAUCCAACCAUUUGCUCCUCGAAAGAGCAUCCGCCACCGUAAUCCCUACUGGCCUGAUGAGGAAAUACGGACCUUUAUUGAGAUCUGGGGCGAUGACCAAGUCCAAGCCUCGUUGGCCACCAACUUCCGCAAUGAGGCCCAGUAUGAAUGGAUAUCUGAUCGUAUGCGGGAGUACGGUUAUGACCGGGAUAUGAAGCAGUGCCGCCUACGUGCCAAGGAGCUACGGCGAGGAUACAAGGCCAUUGUCUGUGGCAAUAACUCUUCUGUGAGUGGGCAACGGGCCCUACCAUUCUUUGACUCCUUGAACAGCUUUCUGUGCAUGCACAAGGGCCUUGUGGUCUCCAAAGUUUCCCUCUCUAUAGAUCGUAGGAAUCGAGAAGCACAAAAACUAGGGCUGGAGCAGGAGAAGAAUGAAAAACUCAGUGUAGUUCUGGUUUCGGAUGAUGAUGAGGCAUCCAUUCCCGAGCCUACCGAUGACUCCAAUGGCUACUUUCAGGACACACGGGUGGAUUCAGAUCUGGCGAAUGCACAAUCUCCAGCCGAUGAGUGGGAACAGCAUGUGGAAGAUGGUAUUCUGGCAGAUGAUGAUGUUUCACCCAGCUUUCCCUAUGCUAGAGGAGAGGGCCAAUCUGCAAAUUCAGGCCCAUCGAGCUCCUUCCCCAGGGCAUCCCUGGUCGAUGCCGAGAGAGUGAGCAACCACUGGAAUCGGACGCAGAGGAAACAGACGGAUGCCACCUCGGACCUUGUGGAUGCCAUUUCCCAAGUGGGCGACAGGCUAGUGAGCGCUCUGUCCGAUUUGCACUCAAAACACAGGGAGGCCUCUGAACUUGCCCAAAACAGGGAAAACAGUGUCCGCAAGGAGGAAUUUGCCAUCCCCAUGGUAUGAGCUCACGCGGACCUCGCUUCUCACAAAAAAAAAAAAAGAACAUGUGGAAUAUCAAACUCCAUAUCAGGGGCUUAUGGAGCAUCUCCCCACCAGGCGGAUCGCUGACGCCAUGGACAGACAGACUGCAGCCUUGGAAAACAUGGCCCGCUUGUUUGCUGCAAGAGUCCCAGGGUCUCAAGGGCAGCCUGAGCUCUCCUCCUCAAACCUCUCUGUACAGCUCCCUUCACCAGCAGCAGGGUUGCCCAGCACCCUGAACGCUUUGAGGGCACGCUCUACUGGCAGUCUGGGAGCCCCAAAACCACCGGUACCCUCUGAGAUGGAGGAAUGUCAGCCAGAGGCAAAGAAAAUAAAAACGGAAGACAACUAGAAUAUUGUGAUUGUACUGCAGUCCUUCAGACCUGCUUGUUUGCUGUCACUGGAUGAAUGUUUAUCCUUUUCUUCUUUUCUUUCAUUAGGAAGUCAUGAAGGUUGCGGGUGGAGUAAAGCUCUGCUGGUUUUGUUUGUUGUCUUUUUAGAUUUGUAGUCAGAUUAUAAAUUUGUGAGUAGGUUUAUAUAGGGGAGGGAAAGAUGAGGCCCCCCCACCCAGGACAAUCCAAGCAUAUAGUUCACUGUCAUUCCACUAUUUUCUUGUUUCUUUCAUAUUUCACUGCUCAGUUAUGAGAUUCGAUAGCGAUCUGGAUGUUGUCCUGGGACACGGAGAUUGCGGAUUCAAAUCUCUACUCAGCCAUGAACUCAAUUUGUGGCUUUAUGAAGUCGCUCUGAGCCACAGCUUCUUUAUUUCCAAAACAGUAAUACUAAGGACAUGCCUCACUAGGUGAUUUUGAAGACAAACUAUUUCAGGAUUACGAAUCACUGUGCACACUAAAAAAAACAAAAUGUUAUGGAAGAUAAAAGUGGAGAACUCCUUUCUCUGUCGCUAUAUAAAAUCCUGUUAUUAAAUCAAUGAAAUGCGCCGCUA